AUGGUGUCGCGCGACCCACCUCCGUACACGCAAGACCAAAUCGCCGCGAUGACCUCACCGGAGGAGAAGAUACGCGCCAUGGCAGAGCUCAAGAGCUACAUUGUGCGCAUGAAGAAAGAGAACGAGCUCAGGUCGAAUGGCUACUCUGGCUCUGGUUACCGCAACACCUCCGGCACCUUCAACCACCAUGAAUCCCCUCAUUAUCCACGUGGCAGCUAUCGCGGCGCUUAUCAUGGGGGCAGAGGUAGAGGACAUACACCAUACCAUCCCUACUCGCGUCCCUACACCACACCUCACUUUGCGCAUAGCUCCGUCGCUGUCAAGGGUACUGGCAAUGCUAUCCAGUCCCUCAAGGUAAAAGAAGAGGAGGAUCUGCCGCAGACAACGACUGAUGGCACCGUCUCCUCGUCAAGCGAUCACCAGCAGCCCGAGUCACGGAGACUUUGCGCCAUAUUCACAUCCACAGGUAUUUCGACGAAACGACAAUUUCGGGAUCUUUCCUUACCCUUUUGCGCUUCUAACAUAUGGACAGGUCAAUGUUCCCGCCCAGCAUGCUACCUUGUUCAUGACCCAGACAAACAAGCCGUCUGCAAGCCUUGGUUUUAUAAGGAUAGUUGUGCUAAAGGAGACUACUGCUCAUUGCCUCAUGACGCGUCGUCGCACAACGCGCCAACAUGUCUUCAUUUCCAAGCAGGCCGAUGCACCAAGGAAGACUGCCGCUUUGCCCACAUUCGUGUCAACCCUACGGCACUGAACUGCGUAGCUUUUGGACGUAUGGGCUACUGCGAGAAGGGAGACACCUGCGCCGAGCUGCAUGCGCAUGAGUGUCCCGAUUUCGCUAACACAGGAGACUGUUACUACGGUGAGAGCUGUCGCCUUUCGCACAUUCGUCGCGCCACUCGCAUGAGGAAAGCCACUCGUGGAUCUUCCCCAGCCCACUCUCCUUCGUCAAACUCUCCCGGUACUUCGGACACUCCGGAUGAGGGCAUGGAUACCGCUCAGGACGCUCCAGAGUGGACGAUGCCGAAGAAUGCAAACCCUCAGACGCCCCAGCAGUUUACCCAACAGGCAGACUUUGUUGCCUUUGAGACAGACGAGUAA